AAUUUUUGUCAUUUUAGAAAUAUGUUUGUGUGUAAGCAUUUGGUGUUUUAAAUUUCUUUUGGCCGUCGUCCAAGCCGUUUAAUUCGCUUUCGGAGCUUGCCAAACGUGCCAAGACACAUCAGCUCAGCCGUACGUUCGGUCGGGAAGCGUCCGUAGUCUUCAGCGCGCAUUAAUGUCGCAUCAGUACCGUGUUCAAAAUGUGCUCGUUAUUAUUUUUGAAAAUCAUCUAACUAACUCGGUCAGUACAACCCAUAUGACGACGACUAAUCGUAACAAUGCAUUUUUGAUUAGAACUUAGCGCAUACACACUAAUAAUUACUUGCACAACUUGCACGAUGCCGUUUUUUACUGACUAUGGCAACUACCUGCACGGGUCGGCUCCGUUCUCCUCGCAGUAUUACAGCCAGCUACUGCCCUAUCCCGGGUCGAGCCCCGGCGGCAGAUCUGCGCCCCGGGUGCACACGGCUCGCAACUACAACUCGAUCGUGGUCGAGCAAACGCUUAGGGCCAUACGCAGUAGCCCGCGCGCGGUGGCCGCCCGGCACUACGCCCGGCCGGUGCACGUGAACACUUCGGAGAUCGACGUGACGUCGCCCCGGCGGCCGCGGAGGACGGCCGCGGCUGAAACGGCGGCGGCGGCGGCGGACGUCGGCGGCGGCAGCGUCAUACACCGCGGCCGCACGGUGGUCCGGUUGCACACGAACAAGAAUAACAGCAAGAGGCCGGAAAAACCGGCGGAUAACCGACCGGCGGAGGAACCGACGACCGUCGUCCAGACCGCCGAGCCGCCGGCUACCUUGCCGCCCGAGGAAGGGCUGGCGAAGAAGGGCACCAUAAAGCGGCAUACGUCUGCGGGCGUCAAGGUGCCGGUGAACGACGACCGGCGGCCGUCCGUUACCGACGAGAUAUUGCGCGAGCAGGAGGCGCUGUUCGACACGAUGAUCAUGGAGGAAAUGGAAGGGCAAGAGAAAAGGAUACGGCGCAAGAGCUAUCCGGUGGACAUGGGCGGAGUCGGUGGUGGGAGUGGGAAGCAGCCGCACAGGACCAGGGAGACGCGGAAAAAAUCGGUGGCCGCGGCUAUGGUGUACGGCGAACACGCGGACAAACUGGCCAAGAAAAAGGCCGGUAACUGGAAGUUGAACUACGACGUGAUUAUCGAGGAGAGCGGGAUCGAACCGGUAAGUUUUACGUUCAAGUUGAACAAUGCGGCGAAAAAAGUGAGCGACAGUCGCAGCAGCGGUAACGGUAAGCUCGACGCUAACCAUAACGUAGUAAUCAGCAAGUCGCAUGAUAACGACAACGAUAGCGACAAAAAAAACAACAGCAACAAAAAGCAUGCAAAAACUGUAGUUAAUAAAAAUCAGAGUAAUAAUGAUAAUUCGAAAGGUGGUGUAGUUGUUGGCGAGCCGGCGAAGAAGACGAAAGUGGUGAAAAAGAAAAUAAUUGUCAAAAAGAAGGUGGUCAAGAAGAAGAAAAUGGAGGAAGAUGAGGAGGAGGAAGAGGAGGAAAAAGACAAGGAGGGCCCGUCCAAAAACAAGCAGGAUAAGCGGGAGCUGCAGAAAAAAAAGACCCCUUCACCGCAAAAAAAAGGUAGUUCGUCGAACGCUGUUGCGACGCCCGCGGUGAUUACGCCGUUUGUGCGCGCGUCUUUUGGUAAGACGUUCAUAUCACCGUCGCAAGUGAGCAGCACGAAGAGUAAGUUCGAAAAGCCAAAACCCAAAGUCAACCUGGAAACACCACCGCCUCCGCCGUCGCCGCCGCCACCGCCGUCGCCUCCGUCAGCCCCAAACACGUCACUCGCCGCCGACAACGCAUCUUCGUCCGACGAAGACGAAUCGUCCAGUGAGGAUGACACGUCGUCAUCGUUGUGCAGCGGCAGCAGUGGCAGCUCGUACUACGACUCGGACGAUUACGGUGACAAAAGAGUUGCAUGCAGUAAUUCUUCAUUCGAUUCUGGUUUGCCAUCCUCGCCCAUACCCGCACCAGAUCCCAUAGACUCGUCGUCGUCAUCGGACGCAGUGACAAAUUCAUAUCAAAUCAGCGGCAGUGCUGGUAACGUGGAAGGAGCUGAACGAUCUCUCCGUUCUUACAGUUAUCGACAUCAUUCAAGGCCUAAACGGGUAGUGCCGCCAGCCACUAGUAUACCGCGGUUCCGGAAGUAUGCAGUUGACGACUUUAACUUCUUGAAAGUGCUUGGCAAAGGCAGUUUUGGAAAGGUAUUACUGGCUGAACUCAAAGGUACCGAUUACUAUUAUGCAGUCAAAUGCCUGAAAAAAGACGUAGUGCUCGAGGAUGAUGAUGUUGAAUGUACGCUCAUCGAACGCAAAGUCUUGGCAUUAGGAACAAACCAUCCUUACUUGUGUCAUUUGUUUUGCACAUUUCAGACCGAGUCUCAUUUGUUUUUUGUCAUGGAGUAUCUGAAUGGCGGUGACUUGAUGUUUCACAUCCAACAGUCUGGACGGUUCGACGAAGGCCGAUCUCGAUUUUAUGCAUCUGAAAUAGUGUCAGGUCUCAAGUUCCUACACAAAAAAGGCAUUGUGUAUAGAGAUUUGAAGUUGGACAACAUAUUGUUAGACUUCAAUGGUCACGUGCGUAUCGCCGAUUUCGGAAUGUGCAAACUUCAGAUAUAUUUGGACAAAACAGCAGACACAUUUUGUGGCACGCCCGAUUAUAUGGCGCCAGAGAUAAUCAAAGGUCAGAAAUACAAUCAAAGUGUAGACUGGUGGUCCUUUGGCAUUCUGCUGUACGAGAUGUUAGUUGGCAAAUCGCCAUUCAGUGGUUGUGACGAGGACGCUCUGUUUUGGUCUAUAUGCAACGAACAACCUCAGUAUCCAAGAUACUUGUCGGUCGAUUCUAAAUCUGUUCUGGUAGCUUUACUAGAUAAAGAUGCUUCUAAACGACUGGGGUCUUUGGAAGCUAACCAUUCGGCCGAGGAUGUGAUGAGACAUCCAUUUUUCAGUUCAAUGGACUGGUGUAAAUUGGAGAGACGAGAGUUAGAACCUCCAUACAUGCCCAGAGUUUAUCAUCCUUUGGACACUCAUUAUUUUGAUAAGCACUUCACAAAAGAGAAACCGAGACUGACACCCGUUGAUAAAACCAUACUUCAGUCGAUGGAUCAGUCUCAAUUUGAUGGGUUUACUUAUACCAAUCCAAAUGUCACAGAUUCAUGAGUCAUUGAGCACCUCAAUGUUUUAUAUAAAUAUCAUUACAUCUUAUAAUUUUUAUAUUUGAUAAAUUCUUAUUUUUAUUCA